UAGCCUUGGUGGCGACGGCGAUGGCUGACGGUGGAUACGGAGGACGCGGAGGUGGAGGUGGAGGAGGUGGAGGAGGCCUGAACGGAGGAUUCGGAGGAGGUGGCGCAGUCGGCGGUGGAUUCGGAGGAAAUGGAGGCGGUGGUGGAUUUGGUGGUGGCGGAUUCGGAGGAAAUGCUAUUGGAGGAGGAGUCGGCGGUGGAGCUGGAGGUGGAUUCGGAGGUGGAGCUGGUGGCGCUGGAGGUUAUGGCGGCAAUGGUGGAGGCGGAGUAGGAGGAGGCAGCGUGGCUCCUGGAAUUCUCGUUGGAAGCGGAAGCCUUCCAAGUGUUGGCGGUGGAAGCGGCGGUUUCGGCGGUGGAAACGGCGGUUUCGGCGGUGGAAACGGCGGUUUUCGGCGUGGAAACGGCGGUUUCGGCGGUGGAAACGGCGGUUUCGGCGGUGGAAAUGGUGGAUUUGGUGGUAGUGGUGCUGGAGGUCAUGGACGAAGCUACGGAAGGAAAUGAGUUUUAUGUCACCAAAGUUGAC